AUGAGCUUUGCCGACCUCAUGAGCGGGAGGCCGAUGGUAGGGAGGAGGGAUUUGAUUAAUGGGAAGCAGGACCCCGCGCAGGCCGUGGCGGCCGGGGUUUUCCAGAUCAACACCGCCGUCUCUACCUUCCAGCGCCACGUCAACGCCCUCGGCACCGCCAAGGAUACCCCCGAUCUCCGUGAGAAGCUGUGAGUUGCACCUCAUCUUCUUCUUUAGAUUUCUGUUUUCACUUGGGUUCCUGGUUUUGUCCGAUGACUGAGACCGAUCAAAAUAAGGCUACAUAUAUUGGUUAUUCAUAAAAAUAUGAUUAAGCAUAUGCAAUGGAAGGUCGUAGAGGGAAGGCUUUGAAGCCGGAGUAGGAUAGUGUUAUCAAUGGUCGAAUCAUUCGACGUGGUUCAUGGAAGAAUGAAUGAUCUUGCUUUUCAUGGAACUACGAUAGUUCGUCGGAAUGCGAGUAUGAUUAUGACCUGGGGGAUAAAAUACUCGCUGACUUGACCCUUUGAAGUGAAGGAAAAAAUUGUCUUUCUAAUAUAGUGAUGGGUUGAUACAUUUCUGGCAUGACUCAAGGUUGGAUCCGUAACUAUCGGCUUCACCAAGGCCUUCACGUUCCAAUGUGAAUUAUUUCCACCAAUUGGAAAUGGGGAAAGAUUAGCACAUACUUUUAAAUUUCCGAUUAAUUUAGCAAUUUUUUCUUGAUCUAAAUGGGCAUUUGUAAUUACAGUAUUUGUAGGAUUUUUUCACUGCUUAAAUCUUCUUUUAGGAACUACUUUCAAUCAAAUUGUUGAAGCAAGGUAGAGGAAGUUAAAGCUCUUGAUCAAUAAACUGUACUGUCCGGUGGUUGCCAACCAUACAUUACCCUCUGAUUUUUAUCUCUCAUGUCCUUGAUUAGCUUUUUAGUCGAGACUAAUUAGGCCUGCAUUACAGCCAGAGUUGUUCAGUGUUUAUCACUAUCGUCCGUUUAGUGUCAUUUGUUUGUAUAUACUGUGAUUUUAUUCUAAUAUAUAUUUUAAUUUAAUAAUAAUUAAUAUGAUUUCUGAUUUUUUUCUCAAAUGUUUCACUGGUUUGGUGGUCACGGUUUGACUGAGUAAUUUGGUGGCAGGCAGAAAACAAGAUUGCAUAUCGGACAGCUUGUCAAAGAUACGUCUGUGAAACUGAAGCAAGCCAGUGAAACGGAUCAUCAAGCUGAAGCUACUGUAAGCACAAUCUUGCGAUGCUGUUUCCCUCAUUCAUGGAUUAAGAAUACCCAAGAUACUGACGAUCAUUUUAAUUAAUGUUUCAGGAAACUCUCUCUAUCAUUUAUGAUUUCUUUUUGGAUAAAUUAACUGUUAUUAUCUAUUCUCAAGUUGUUAUUGAAAAUCGCAAAUCUGUUUACAGUUAUUUUUUACAAAUUUAUUAAAAUAUUCUAAGUGCUAUAUUUAUUCAUAAAGGAGUUUUUAUCUCUCUUAUUUCCCCAUGAAGUUCUUUAUUAUGUCGCAUCUAUUUAAUAUUAAAUUUUGGGCUCGCCAAAAAUGGCUUUUUCAUGGUAUUUUUGAUUGUGUAACUCAGGUCAGCAAGAAAAUCGCAGAUGCUAAGCUUGCAAAAGAUUUUGAAGCAGUUUUGAAGGAGUUUCAGAAGGCUCAACGACUUGCAGCAGAGAAGGAAACACUUUAUACCACCUUUGUGUCUAACAAAAUUCUAUCACCAAGGUAACUUUUGUUUCGAUUAUUCAUGCUUAAAAGUUACAUUUGGAUCCUUUCCUAGUUAGUUUUGUGAUUCUAGUUUACUCUUAUCUGACACGAUAGUUCAGCAGUGAUUACUAACCAUGGCAGGAACGAUGAUCCCUCGAAAAAAAAAAACAAAAUUGCAGUGUUUCCUCACCUGUCUUCGUUUCCAAACGCUCAAAGUGUGGGGUCUUAUCUGACAUGAUAUUUUCAGCAGUGAUCAAUAACAUGGCAGGGACGAUGAUCCCUCGAAAAAAAACAAAAUUGCAGUGUUUCGUCGAAGUGUUGGGUCUGUUCUCCAGCUAGUCUUCUGCAUUGUUUCGCCAUUUUUAUUUCAUCCCAAAGCGAUGAGAAUAAUCAUCGUUUUGCAUUGAAUUAUGACUCUCAUUUAGCAAACAAAUACCCUACAUGAGAAGGAUGUGGCUGUUUCACCCUCCAUUGUUUUGGAUGCUUACCUGCUUGUUUAUGUGUAAUGCAUAUACUUUAUACGCAAAAGCAUGUGAUCUCAAAUUGUAAGAGCAAUCAUGAUAGAAAAUGGAAAGAAAAUCUUAAACGAGUUAUAAAUUUAUCAAGCUGAUGAAGAGAAGAAGAGCCAAGGACUUUGAAAUAUACACAGAAAAAUUACAAACAGGAUUCAGUCUGCUCCUUUUGAUUACCUUUCAGGGAGGGACAAUGUAGUAUCUUUUAUUGUUGAUUUUCCCAAAUCCGGUGAGUAAAUCCUCUUUAUCACAAUCUUAAAGGUUAUAGUUUCCUUUUUUUGCAGCUACCCUGCAAGCGAGGAUGAUAUAUUGUUUGAAAAAUCGCAAGAACAACGUUCACUUCAUGAAUCCAGAAGGUGACGUAGCUUGACUUGAUCGAUUUCUUCUCUAUUUUGGAUCUUUAUGUAAGGUUUUAUCUGUUCAUUUCCUACUUCCACUCCAGAGAAAUAUAUAUAUAUAUGUCACCAAAGGAAUUUCAACAGUGGAAGAUUCAUUUUGUUCUUAAACGUCAACAAAGGUUGCCUUUAUGUAGUGAUAUUUUAUGCUUCGUUACAAGGCUUCAUUUAUUUUAGAUAUUAUUUCUAAGAUCAAUAUUUUUUAAGAUAAAUAGUAUUAAAAAGAAAGUUCAGCACUUUGAUCCUCAAUCGAUUCUAUCACUACUGAAAUUCGUUCUUCUUUGUUGAAGGCAAGAGGUUCUCCUCCUGGACAAUGAGAUUAUCUUAAAUGAUGCCAUUAUUGAGGAGAGGGAACAAGGAAUCAAGGAGGUCCAGCAGCAGAUAGGCGACGUGAACGAAAUCUUCAGAGACCUCGCAGUCCUGGUCCAUGAUCAAGGAAUCAUCAUCGGUUAGUUGAAAACUUACUAAAUGUAAAAUAUUAUCUUCCACAACAUCCGGCUAAUCAUCUGAAAAAAAAACCAUUAAAAUCAUAAAACCACAGAUGACAUCGAAUCCAACAUCGGGAACACACAUGCAGCAACAAUUCAAGCAAAAUCACAUCUAGCUCAGGCAUCACAAUCUCAGAGGACAAGUUCAUCUCUUGUAGAUCUCCUACUCUUUCUUACCUGAACCCAAAUCUCCACCAUGUUAAUCUUCUAACCGUGCUUUCUUUCUCCUGUUUAUGCAGACCUGCAUGCUCAUGAUGAUCUUCAGCAUCGUUCUACUGAUUGUCAUAAUAGUCAUAUCUGCCUGA